GUAGAGUGAUACUUCCGGAAUGAAGCUUCCAGCCGGGAUGGUCUCACAGAAAUAUAACAAGAUAUUGCAGUCACACACAAAAGUUCUGUUUAUGGACUAUUUAUGCACGUAGAGUGGUGUCACUCUAUUGCUGUGGUACCUCCAUAGGUUUAAACCGUAUCUAGCCCUUCAUCAUACCGUACCUAAAUAUUGCAGGGCUGAUGCCCAAAAUUUUAACGGUCCGGUCUCUGUUGUUUUCUAUGGUCAUCUCUCAGUUUCCGAGGGAAGAACAAAAAUGUUUCUUUUCCUUUUUUCAUUUUGUUUUCAAAAGUAGAACUCGGAAAUCAAAGUUGUAUUUUUCUCUAUUUAUAUAUCUAUGGGAAAGGGGAGACUUGUGCGGAUGACGUACUGCGAGGGGGUGGAGAAGGAAUGGGCGCGCGUGCGUGGUAGCGGACUCCUCGAGGAAGGAGGUGGGGCUGAGUCCGGCGCGCGGUGAGUUCGUUGGGAAUGGCAUUUGCCUCCCCUAGGCCGCCCCUCUGCCCCUCUCCUUCUGAAGCUCCUUAAAGGGAUAGAGGAGGCCCCCAUCCCCUCCCCUAAACUCCCCUUCCCUAACUUUGGGCUGGGCUCUCAUUUAGCCGUGCUUGGAGAAGAAAGCAGCAGAACAUUAAAGGCGAUAAAAAUAAGUCCAUAAUAAAUCGGCCUUCCCAAACCUGAUGUUUUCCAGAUGUUGAACCGCUGGCUGUGCUGGCAGGGACUGAUGGGAACUGGAGUCCCACAACUUUCCAAGGGUCCCGUCCCCCCCAUUACUGCAUUGGUCUUUUCUUCUCCUUGGUGCAUGAAAUGAGCCUAUUAUUGGAGACCACCAACAUCUGGAAGUUGCUUAGGCUGCUUAAUAUGCCAUAAUUAAUUUGUUUAGUCAUUAAGGUGCUGCAAAUCCGGGUUGUAUCUAACAAAUCAGGGUUGAUAAUUUUUCAUAAUGUGGCGCCCUCAAAUCCUCUCAAUUAUGGAUCUUCUCCAUUUUGUUCUCCCUUGGCUCAAUGCCCUGUGUGGGGAAACUGCCCACACCGCCCUACAUCUGGCACUGAACUCAUGGUCAGAGCAGACCCAUUGAAAUCAGUGCUACUCAGUUAGUCAAGACUGAUUUAAUUCAAUUGGUUCAAUGGGUCUGCUUUUGAGUAUGACCUAGUCAGAUACAAGCCUUUUCUCUCUUUGCUUCAGCAGACUAACACAGGAGCUCCCAAACUGUAAUCUAGGAACUGUUUGUGAAGAACAGCAGAAGCAACAGUAUGUUUUAUUAUUUACUAAAAAAAAUGUAGCACCUACCACAGCAUAUUGCAAUUGCUACAACAGACAGAAAAAUCAUUUAAGUGGUUUGCCAAGAUACUCUGCAGUUUUCAAGUGGCCUGUGGGGAAAGAAGCUUGGGAACCACUCAACCAACACACUUAGUUAAAAGAUGCCGCAGGAGUUUCAUUGAUUCUUAAAGUUUGGAGAGGGCCUUGUAAUCAAUACAGUCAAACAAGAGAUCUUCAGUAUCCCCAACAGAUUGCUUUCCACCCUCUGCUUGAAGGCCUGCAGCAAGGUUGAAAAGCUAUCCCAAAUUGAUUAGUUCCAUUGUUGAACUGCACUUACCUUUUAGUUCCUUCUUAUUUUUCUUGCCUCUGAUCGUCCUUUACCAAUUUGUCUGUUUCCUUAAAUAACAUUGUAUUCUAGAUGUGCUUGACUAAGUGCAGAAUGAAGAGAAAUAAUUCAGAAGUGUUUUUGUCCCACUCUUUGGCCAGAAAAGGCCCUCAGAGUGGCUUACAAAUAAAUCUAAAUCAGUGGACAGCCCCUGUCUGCAGGUUCCCCAAGAGACAUGACAAAAAAGGAGAAAGGAUUGGGGAGUACAACAAGCUCAGGUGCUAUGUCUUACAGAGUGACCAAGUGAAAGGAAAAAAAUUAUCACACGUCCCAGUCUCCCACAGGGGCAGUAAUUUCAAAGUGCUUGCCUAGCUGCCCAUGAGGCUACUUGCAAGAAGGGGGAAGUGCUUUGGAAAUACUUGCUUGGGUUGGGGCCUGACUGAGAACUAGGAAGAAAAUGAAGCUUCCAGCUCAUAUAUAAGUUCCCACUGUGAACUGCUUCAUGGUUGAAGUAAGAUAUACUAUUGUAGUUUGUCUUUGUCAUUGUUUAACAAUAAUGCAAUUUCCCCCCAAAAUGUUUUCAUUUCAGACAAUCCAAGAAACAUGACGGUGAACACAACAUCGCUCUCUUUCAGAAAUAAGGCCGUAUUGGCACCUAUGGUCAGGGUUGGGACCCUACCAAUGCGACUUCUAGCUUUGGAUUAUGGUGCUGAUAUUGUAUACUGUGAGGUAGGGUGGCUGAGUCAAUGAGGCAAGAGAAUAUUUCUAUUUUGCUCACGUUGUUCCCAGUGGCUUGGCUUGCAUGUUGUGUUAAUUUUGUUUCAUUGUGGUUAACGGCAAACAAGCAGUGUGUUGGUGGAUGUUGCUCAAAACUUGGAGUUCUGCUCUUUCUUUUGUCCGGCUGUGCCACACCAGGGGCAGUAGGCCACAAGCCUUUCCUCAAAGCUACAGUGUUUUGUGGAAAGUUAUUUGAAACUCUGCCAAACUCCUCUCUGCAAUGCAGGAAAGUAGGAAGAGUGCAUGAGCCCAAGGCUUGCAGUGGCUCCUUCCUUCUCAUGCAUGUAGCAUUAAACCAUGGUUUAGCAUGGUGAUAAAUGUAGCCUCUGGAGCAAAUGCCCUAUUCCUGGCUUAAGCAGCAAAAGGAAACUUCAACUCAGAACUUAACAGUGUUAAAUGCUAACCAGGGUUUACAUGUCUUUUUAAAAUUUAAGGCACUUAUACUUUGCCUUUUAGCCAAAAAGGCCCUCUUACAAAAAUGAGUACUAAGAUAGAUCCUUCCCUCAGACCUGCAAGCUAAACCCCAUGACACGAGGAAAAAGGAAUGGGCAGGAAGAGGGAAAAGCAAAGUCAAGCAGAACUUCUUAAAUGUGUUACAAUUCUUAUAACACAGUUAUAUAGUUCUGCUAUGCAGAUUUUAGCAGUCUAGAAGAUCAGCAACUCAUUGCUGAUUCCAGUGGCAGUUCUGGCUGACUUUCUCUUUAAAAACAGCAGUCCCUCCCUAAAAGCAGCCCCCACCCCCAGUCCCUUCUAGGAGCAGAGUUGGUGACCAUGUUCAGGCAGGAGGAUGGGGCAGCUCCUGUGACAUAGUUCUCCCUUCAGACUGCUGACGAUGGGAAACUCCUCAUGGAGGGACUCGAUGUAUCAGUGGUGGUUCUGGCUGUAUAACCCUCCCUGGAAACAUUCUUCUUCCAAGGUCACAGUGUCGAAGCCAGGAGAAGUGAGCAAAUACACAGAUUUUCCUUAACAUAAAUGUCUUGAAGCUGCUUAGUCCAACUAAAGUCCGCUGCUGAAAGUUAUUUUUGGAUUCUGGUAAUAGGAACCUGAGUCAGUUUAAAUCAUGAUUAAGUUGGGGUGCCUUAGUGUAGAUGAAUCCACCUUUCCCUUUAUUUGAUGCAUUUUUAUAACUUUUGCCUUUUUUCUUGAAGGAGCUGAUUGACAUAAAGAUGCUUCAGUGCAAGAGAGUUGUAAAUGGCAAGUAUCUGCUUAUAUAUUCAGUCACUUGAGGGACAAAUAAGGUGAGGUUAUAGGUGGGGUUUUCCAGUUUUCUUCUCUUGGGCUCUCCAUCAUCCCAUGCCACUAUAUAUACUUCAUGAGGCUGAUGGGAAUUACAGUUCAACAACAUCUGGAGGGUCAGUGGUUCCCCGUACCUAGUUUAACUGAAGCAUCCCUUAAACCAGUUUUUCUCAGAGCACUGGGAGAAUAGUUUGUUGUCUGCUGCUUGUAUUUAAUUUAGUAGAAAAUCUUCACAGACUGCUAAAUAUUCCCCGUAAUAUUGGCUAAUGGAAUGCAUUCUAGCACAGCCCCAAAAUGAAGUCCUUCUGACCAAAUGGUUGUGUAGGUAAUUGCGAACUUCUUCAACUAUGAACUAAAUAAACCUUGAAAUAAAAUAAAUAUAAGUACACCAUGUCCCUUCCUAUUGCUGAAGAUUCAGGUUAUAAGUUGCUGGGACUUCAACCUGUUCAGGAUUGUUAUUAGAGAUAGGGGCACUCUGCACCAAAAAGCAGCAUAUAAAUAUUUGAUAUUUUGAGUUUGAAGGGUAUUGUAAUGGACCUGCUUCCUUUGGAAGAGUUUAACACUAAUCUAACAAUGAUACACCCAAUAAAUUUAAUUGGGAAAAUGGAAAGCCUGCCAAUCAUCUUUAUAAUGCAUGCUUUUUAAAAAAAAUAUGGCAGCAAUUUUGUUUUUCUUUCUGUCUUAAGAUCUUAGAACUGAAACACUUUGAGUGAAAAGAUGGAUGCAUGCUGUUUAUCUUUAUGCUGUUCUGUUUCCCUUUUCUACCCUCCAGAGGUGCUUGGAACAGUGGACUUCGUUGCUCCCAAUGAAAGAGUUGUGUUCAGGACCUGUGAAAGGGAAAAGGACCAUGUUGUCUUUCAAAUGGUAGGAAGUAACUAACCCUCAACAUCCUGCUAACCAAAUAUGAUCUGUGGUGUUUACAUUUUUUAAUGUACUGCUAAGGACAGUUCCAAUGAGAUCUCUUGUGAUUGUGAGUACAUUGUUUUGUAAGGUUUGGAUGAAAUCAUGGGUAAUUCUUGUCUGCCAUGUAUUAAUUAUUUUAUUCAUUUAUUUCAUAAAAUGGCAACACUGCUUGAUUGUAAAAAAACCUCAAAGUGGUUCACAAAAAGGUAAAACUGUUUUUGUCUAUGUCUUUUUCUCUUUGCUGCUGUGCUGUUCAGGGGACAGCAGAUGCUGAGAGAGCCUUGGCUGUAGCCAAACUUGUGUAAGUAUCUGUCAAAUAUUACCUUUUUAUAAAAACCUUAUUCAUCCUUUGGGGGCCUGCUGAAAAAUGGCUUGGUGUGAUCUGUACCAAUUCACCCAGCCUUGCAAAUAAAUUGACAAAAAUUACUAUCUUGCUUAUUACUCUCUCACUGCAUCCGUUUUUGUGCAUCAGGAGUAAAGAUGAUACUCCGCAUUCCAGCAUUUACACCUAUACCAGGCAAAACAGUAGCUAAUAAGAGCCUGCUUGUUUGUAACAGCCUAAUGGUGUGUUUGGGUUACUGUGCAAAGUGUUGCUUCCUUAUAUUAAAAGUUUUAUUUUAAUACCCCCAAAUGGGACCUUGUGACAAGGGUGAGGACCCAUUUUCAGCCUGUGGGCCAUAUUCCCUUCUAGACAGCCUCCCAGGGGCAAAAGUAGAUGGACCAGAAGCACAAGUGGCCAAAGCAAUGGAUGUGAACCUUACCUGUGUAUAGUACAGUGGUACCUCUAGAUACGAACGGGAUCCGUUCCGGAGCCCUGUUCGCAUCUAGAAGCAAACGUAACUAGCGACGGCACGUCUGCGUCGCUUUUCGCUGCUUCUGCGGAUGCGCAUGACGUUAUUUUGAGCAUCUGCGCAUGCGCAAGUGGCGAAACCUGGAAGUAACUCGGAGCGCAACUCGAACACGCUCAACCCGAAGCGCAUUCAACCCGAGGUAUGCCUGUAAAGGUAAAAAGGUAAAGGACCCCUGGACGGUUAAGUCCAGUCAAAGGCGACUAUGGGGUGCGGUGCUCAUCUCGCUUCAGGCCGAGGGAGCCGGCGUUUGUCUACAGACAGCUUUCCAGGUCAUGUGGCCAGCAUGACUAAACCGCUACUGGCGCACAGAGGACCCUGACAAGUGCCAGGGCGCACGGAAACGCCAUUUACCUUCCCGCCACAGCAGUACCUACUUAUCUACUUGCACUAGUGCUUUCAAACUGCUAGGUUGGCAGAAGCUGGGACAGAGCAACAGGAGCUCACCCCAUUGUGUGAAUUUGAACUGCAAAAGUUGAGAAUUUUUUCACCCACCCAUGUGUUCCCCAUCCAGGCGAACAAAAUGCAUGAUCACUGUUCAAGGACACCUCCCAGCAAGGCAAAAGCUCUCAAAGAGCAUGUUUAGCAGGCUUGGAGGGGAUUGGCUUUUUUUUUUUUUUUUAAAGCUUCUCUCUUGAGUUCUCCAGCCCAGCUGAAAGCAAUGUUCCACCUGGUCUGGAAGAAGAGAAGCACUGCCACCUAGUGACCGCCCAGUACUGCUCGGCAAUGUAAGAAUGGCAUCAACAGAAACACCAGUUCUUAACUUUGUGUCCCCACCAGCUGCCAGUGCCUCACUUAGCCACCCCACAGUUGAGACAUAGCAAUUGUUUGUAUCAUACUGUUUUAAUCUGUAGAAAGCCACCUUGGAGAUCCAUUGUUCAAAGGCAGUGUAUAAAUGUUUGGGGGUCCUUUGGUUUUAACAUACACAAUUUCUUUUUCUCUCCGGCAUCUUAGAGAGAAUGAUGUUGCCGGCAUUGAUGUCAACAUGGGAUGCCCCAAAGAAUAUUCCACUAAGGUAGGUUGACUCUUGUCCAGCUGUAUUCUUUUUUUCUUCCUUUAAAGAUAAUGCUUCUUGUGUUUACGCAUGCAAUUCGACUUCAUAUCCAUUUUAAGAAAUAGGUUUUUGUAGUUGCAGGACAUGAGGAAGCCUCUUGGUGCCAGCCCCACCUUCAUACCUUACAUUGAGUCGGACUGUUGGUCCUUCUAGCCCAGGGAUUCAGGCAUAGCUGAGAAAGACCCCAGCCUAUCUGAGAUGCUCUGAACUAAAGGGAAACUUGUGGUCCUCCAUAUAUUGUUGGACUACAACUCCCAUCAUCCAUGUUGGCUAGUGCUAAUGGGAGUUAGAGUCCAUCAGGUCCCUCAUUCCUGAAUUGAAGAUUUCAGGGGUUGAGAAACAUGUACAUUGCUUUGUAUCGGACUACUUGUCAAUAGUUAGCAUUGCAGAAAGUGUAAUAAUGAUCCAUGGGAGCAAACAUGAUUUUUCUGCAUAAUAUGUGGUGAUCUGAAAUUUUCAUGUGUGGGUGUGACUGUACUGCUUUAUAUUCUUUUUGAUAAGUGCCCUGUUGGUUCUGUGGUACUGAGAUAAUGAAUGCCUUUUGUGUGUGCCUUUUCCCAGGGAGGAAUGGGAGCAGCACUCCUGUCUGAUCCCGACAAGAUAGAAUCUGUAAGUAAUUUCUGUAUUCAUUUUUAUUUUGUCUUGCUUUUGGCUUUAUGCUGUAACUCAACAAAGAAUAAACUGCAAAAUGUCCUGGGAAUUGGAUGGGUUGGCAAGGCAUUAAAAUGUCUGCUGUUGUAUCACGAGUGUUUUAAGACAAAGGAUGGUUUGUAGUGCUAUUUUGCUAUCUCAACAGCUAUAGUUUUUGGAUUUUGGGGCGUUGUUCAGUGCAGGACCAAAGAACCAGCUUGUGCUUAGAAUCCUUGAUUUCUAAAGACUUCCAGAGCAUAUGGAAUGUUAUUGAUUUUUUUUAAAAAAGCUAUUAAAAUAUAUCAAGAAUUAGAAGUCCUUGAAAGGAUGAAGUACAAAAACAAGGUACUUGAACAUUUCCAACCACCUGUGCAUAGGACAAAUGAGAUUCAGAGAAUGAACAAAUAACAAUGGGGUGCCAGAGUAACUGGUGUGCGCUGUUCGAAAGCAAGCAUGCCACAACUUUUUUUAAAAAAAGAAAUAUGCUCAGAAGGAACAGUUGGGAGUAGCAUGAAGCAAUUGUUCUAGGGAUUAGUUAAGUCAAACUUCCCAGCAUGGUGCUCCCCGUUGUUUUGGACUUCAAGUCUCCUGCAAGCAUGGUAAAUGGUUAUGAAUGAUGGAAGCUGUAUUUCAUAACAUCUGGAUGACACCAGACUGGGGAAGGCAACUUUUGACCUCAAGCUGCAGAUAUGUUGUUUAUUAUGUUGUGUAUUUUUGUGCUUUUAUACUGUGUGAUUCUCGGGUGAAGGCUGGUAUAUAAAUAAAAGAAACAAACAAACAGUCUGAGCAGAUAGUGAAUUAGACUUAAGAUGUUGUUCACCUUUUAAGGUGCUUUUGCUCCCCCAUGCUUCUUACUGAGAAAGGAAGUGAAGUGGGGAGGGUUGGGAGCAGAGCAGGUGAGGAAAUCUUAGCAGUACUAGCUAGGCAUGUCAAGACUGAAGUCCUGCUUUCCUUUUGCUGAAACAGUCCUUUUUGUCUCUUUAGAUUCUGACUACUCUUGUCAAAGGCAUUUCUAAGCCAGUGACCUGCAAAAUCAGAAUCCUGCCGUCAGUAAGAACAUCUUGUGGUUUUUGAAACAUUGGAUCUUGGGCAAACGUGCAGUGCUUUGACCAGAAAGCACAGUAAAUUAUGAUAAUACAGUAAUGGUUGUGUUUUAUCAGAAAUGAAUAAAAUAGCACUGCUGCCUAGGCAGUCUAUGACAAACCAAUGAAGCUUAAAAAGAUGGAAAUCAUUAGCUUUUAAAUUUAAGAUGGCAGGCAAUAGAUCUGUUGCAAAAGCCAGCUGAAAAUAAUUGCUCAAGCAAAUGGUUUAAUCAUGCAGAAUAGUGCAAAAUUGGAAGAAGCAACUCAUGUGAAAUUUCCCCUUCUGUGAAUAGGAAAAUCAAAUGUUGCAUCCAUGUACAAUCUGUCUAGACCAGAAAUAGAGACCCUAUGGCCCUAAGCAUUGUCCCUGGCCCUGACUGGGGCUGAUGGGAGUUGAAGUCCAGCAACAUCCGGGGUGGGUGGGCGGUGCUGUCACUAGUUGAAUUUGGUCUCAGCAAUAAGACACAAAAAUUCAUGUUGUGGGGUUCAGGCUGCUAUUCUGCACACAUUUACCUAGGAGUCAGACCUCCUAAACAUAGGGAGAUUUACUUCUGAGUAAAUAUGUAUAGGAUCACUCUGUUAAAGUUGUUUCGUAAUGAGCCAAAGAUAGACAUAGCUCCUGCUGGCAUAGAGCGUACAUGGAGAGGGGAAGCAGAACUGGGAUGCACUGGCCUAGCCUCUCUGACAUUAGGAAUGUACAGCUCACUGCAUGUGGACCCUGUCGUCACCCCUCAAAGUUGGGGUGUAAUGUUUGUUCACUGGGCCUGUGCAUGUAGGCUCUCAGCCAAACAUGACAUAAGGGUACAGACGUCAGGCAAGGCCUGCCCAAUUCCCAUCACUCAUUGGGCAUAUACCCAGGUCAUCAUAGAGUUAAGUACUGCCUGCAUUGAAGGGAACUUGCAAACAGAUGGGGGUUUGUGACUUUUUCUCCAUUUCCAGAAAGAAGAAACAAUAAGUUUAGUGAAGAAGAUAGAGCGGACUGGUGUUGCUGCUGUUGCAGUUCAUGGAAGGUGAGUUAAUUUUCCGUCUCUCUGGAGCAAAAUAAUUUCUGGUUAGCCCUUCUUGAAUGUAUUUCUGCACCACAAGGGCCUGGCUGGCUGGAAUUACAUCUGCGAAGAAGAAUGCUCUGCGCCAGUAAUCUUUGAUCUGUUUGUUUCCUUUCAUUCUCUUCCUUGCAAAGGAAGAAAGAAGAGAGGCCUCAGCAUCCUGUCCACUGUGAUGUGAUCAAAGCCAUUUCUGAAGCAGUCUCUAUACCAGUAAUAGCCAAGUAAGUGGGACUAGAUGGCUACUUUUUGUUGUGAGGCAUCCCUAUCUAGCAAUGGGCAGUAUGUUGAGAAAAAAUAAGAGAUAGGAACUGAAAGAUUCAUUCAUGAUAAAUGACAUCACACUAGCACUCAGAGCAACGUAUACUUAGUCCUAAAUUCAAUUUUUUUAAAAAAAUGGUUUACCAUAUUGUUUUAAUGUGCACUCAAACUCCAAAAUGCCCAGAAAUUACAAAUGUUAAGGACUGCGCAUCAUUUAGGUGAGCUUGACAUAGGAUGUUAUCCUAUCCUGUGGUUAAUUGCAGCUUCAGCAGUACCUUGGAGCUGGGUGCCUGUCAGUGGCAGAGUGGUGGAACCAAGUCCCAGAUUUGUCUGUUGGCUUAAAAGUUAAAAUUCUCAGGAUUCCCCAAACUACAUUCUGUGCUGGUGCAUAGCCACAGUCGUGCAGGUUCCUGAUGUCAGUCCUUUUAUUUUGGCUGAAGUGUUUAUGCUUGCUUUAAAGUAUUCCUGAGCUUUUUAUUAUUAUUAUUUGGACCCUCGCUAUGAAUAAGAAGCUUUGCACAAUUGUUCUGACUGCUUUGAUGAUAAACUUCCUUUAAUCCUUCUGGCUGCAACAGUAGCACCAGGUUUGAGUACCUUUCAGGCCUUUGCUGGAUCAGCAUGAUCUCAUAAAAUAGUGGGGCGCAUUGUUAACCAAAUGAGUCUAAUUAAAACAGUGCCAUUCUUGGCUUGCAAGGAUUGUAGCAUAGUGAAAUAUUCAUUUUAAGCUUUGUGGGGAAUUAAACUACAUUGCUGUAGCUUGGUGUGUUUUUUUAAAAAAAAGAUUUAAUUCUAAUACUGAGUUUGUUAAUACUGAUAGAAGUAAUGCUGUUCUUAUUUCAGUGGAGGCUCUCAUGACUUCAUAAAAGAAUAUUCUGACAUAAAGGUCUUCCAGCAAGUAACAGCAGCAUCUUCAGUCAUGGUUGCUCGUGCUGCCAUGUGGAAUCCCUCUGUCUUCAGGAAGGAAGGUCCAUGGCCCUUAAAGGAAGUCAUGCAGGAAUAUAUCAAAUAUGUACGGUUUCUUGAUUUCUGUUCUAAAAAAUCUACAUCCACAGUUGUUUCUGAAUACCAGUUGCUGGAAACAAUAAGGAGAGAUAGAGUCCUGCUUGUGGAAUUCCCAUGGUCACUGUGAGAACAGGAAGCACCUUAAAUUCAGCCUGGAAAUGAAUAGGCAGCCAAUGAAGUUCUUUCAGGAUCAUUGUUACCUGAACCCGAAGGGCAGCCCCAUAGAGAGUGCAUUGCAAUAAUCCAACAUAAGGUUACUAGAGCACGAGUCACUGUAGCCACAUUCUAUCCAGGAAUGAUUGUAACUGGCAAACCAGUCAAAGCGGGAAAGACACUCCAUGGCACUGAAACAAAUGAGCUCUAGUGACAAACUUGAAUCUGCUCUUUUAAGGGAAGUGCAAACCCUAUCCAGAACAUGCUGUCUACCCAAUUUCCAGAUUCAAGAGCUACUCCACAACAGCACUUCCAUCUUAAUGAGUUUCAUCAAGCCCUUUGUUUUUAGAUAAAUAGGCCCUCCAGAUAGUAGGAUUUUAACCAACCUAGACAUUUCAACCUAGGGAUAUAUAGAAACAAGAUGGGAUGGCCUGGGCUAGAACAGGAUUGGGAGGCCUCCCCUCAACCCCAAGGGCCAUUGAUCCAGGAAGAAGAAGAAGAAGAAGAAGAAGAAGAAGAAGAAGAAGAAGAAGAAGAAGAAGAGGAAGAAGAAGAAGAAGAAGUAGUAGUAGUAGUUGGGGGACACUUCACACAAGGGAAAAUGAGGGAUAGUUUUGAGAAAGGUGAAAGUGUAAAUAAAGGCAAAAGCAUCCCUUCUCAGUCUACUAUAAUAAAUUUAUAUUUAAAUACACUUACUACGAGCUGGAUGAAAUUCAGUAAGUGACUGAAGGAGGCUCACAGGCUGUAGGUUCACUAGCUGAUUACAACCUGCUUUUUCUUCUACCAUGUUGUUUCUUGUAUUGCUUUCAUCAGGCAGUGAGAUAUGAUAACCACUACACCAACACCAAGUACUGCUUGUGCCAGAUGUUAAGGGAGCAAUUAGAAAACGCGCAAGGGAAGAAGCUACAUGCAGCACAAUCCAUGCAGGAAAUCUGGUAGGAGUAUUUCCUUUUGAACCAAAGUAAAUAGCCCUUGGUAAAGCGACCAUUGUACUGUGACUGAGGAAGAGGGCCUGGAAGGGGAUGAGUUUUAAAAUGUAAAUGCAUUUGAAAUGUGAUAUUAAGGUUGCCAUUUUAAUAUUUCAGUUAAAGUACCAUACGAUGACCUUGAAUUUUAAAAAGUAGUUUAGGACCACCUCCUAGUAGUCAAUGGUUUAUUGCAUCUAGUAGAGAGUUGCCAUCACAGACAUGUUUUUGAGGUCAGAGCAGCAUGUUCAGUGACAGAUUGCAUUCACUGCCAAGUGGCAGAGUGAGGGGGAUAAUGAGGAUGCUUAACUUGGUCUCCUGCUUGUUCCUGCAAUACCUACUUCCCAGUCACUUCGCUAACUGGGCUUCCAGGCACAUAGUUGCUAGAGCAGGGUGGGGUGUGAAGAUUGCAGGGCAAAAUGGCAGUCAGGUUAAACAUCUUCCUCUUUCUUGCUAUAAUUUAGCACCCCAUGCUGCUGCUUGGCAGCUGUUCAGGAGAGAUCUUGGCUCUGAUGUAAAAAAUGUAACUCCAGCAUGAUCAUUCAGAACAAAGGAACAAAAUAUUUUUGGAAAUCAUCUCCCCACAGCAGCUUUCCAUGUUUCCAAUGUAAUCCUGCAGUUCUAAAGAAACCUAUGCACACACUUUAUACACAGCUGUGCAACAAAUUUUGUGGCAUAGACUGCCCAAGACAUUUCUUAAGAAGUUAUGAAAUGGGAAAAUAGUAAUACCAUCCCUGCUAGCUUUGACACCUGAUGCAUUCUUCAAAACUUCUCUGCAAUUAGAGGGUAUAUUUCUAGUAUUAAUUUGGAUGUAUUGUGGCUUUGUUUUUCAUUAGUGAAGCUUUUGAGAUGAGCAGUUUUUACCAAGAAACUUCUGCUCUUUUGGAAGCCAAAAAAGCAUCUUUAGAAGCUAACAACCAAGAUGAAGAAGACCACAGUGAAGAUUCUGAUGUCAUAAAAAUGGCUGUUAAAUUUGAUAAGUAAGAAAAAGGAUUUGAUUGUUCUGUUUCUUUCAGUACAGGGCUAUCCCAAUGUCUUCUGUUCUCCAUUGAAAAAGCCUUCAAACACCCCACUCUGUCCCUGCCUUUAGUUGUGAUGUUUUGUGGUCACUUCCAGUUUCGACACUGUUGCACACAUAUCGGAUGCACCUAAGAUGGUCACUGUCUUCCUUGGACACAAGGUUCAGCUUUCUGAGAGUCCCAGUUUUUGUAUUUAAAGAAACCCUGAUGGUGACACAGAUAUGCUUGGAAGUGUGUAGGCAAUGCUUGCUAAAAUUUCAGAAGCCAGAGAGGAGCCAAUUUUCAAUGAUUGCAGGCAAGGGACAAGUUCCUUUGGUGCCCCCACAAUACUCUUUAAUUUUGAUUAUGACUAGGAAAAGCGAGAAUUAAUUAUGCAGAAUAAAAUAAAUGAGGGUAUGCAACCACGGUCUACUCAGAGUAGGCCCAACGAAAUGAUUGAAACUAAGUUAAUCAUUGUUCAUUAAUUCCACUGGGUCUCCUGAGUAGAUGUAACAUUGAAUACAAUCCAUGGAACAUAUUCUCAGUUUCCAUAAUUUACUCAGGUUGUAGAAUUUCGAUUUUAUUGGCUCGGAAUUUGGAUUGCCUGGAUGCAGAGCUUAAUUUUUAUUUUUAGCACAGGCACCACACACCAUGUCAGUUGCCCAGAAGAGUUUGUUUCUGCAGUCCUUUUUUUGCAUUGUGCCCACUUCAGUCAUCCUUUUGCCAUCCAAACACAGUGACUCUCCUGGGAUGAGUAAUAAUUAUGUUUUUGCUUUUCUCCUCAGACGAGAAUAUCCCCCACAGAUCACACCCAAAAUGUGUCUCUUGGAAUGGUGUAGGAAAGAAAAGCACCCUCAGCCUGCUUAUGAAACUGUGAGUCUCUGCGUUCUGCAACAAGUACUCUUUUGAAAGACACAGUGUAAUCCUAUACAUGUCUAUAGUGGUACCUCUAGUUACGAACUUAAUUCGCUCGGGACAUCUGUUCUUAACCUGAAACUGUUCUUAAAUAGAGCCGUGCUUUCGCUAAUGGGGCCUCUUGCUGCCGCUGCGCCAGCGGCACACGAUUUCUGUUCUCAUCCUGGGGCAAAGUUCUCAACUCGAGGUAACUCUUCCAGGUAAGCGGAAGCAUUUGUAACCUGAGGUGUUUGUAACUCGAGGUACCACUGUACUGAGAAAAAAGUCCAAUUGAGUUUGAUGGGAUUUGCUACCAGGAAAAUGGGCUGAUUCACACACAAACAUAUAAAUCAGCUUUCCAGGUAGUGUGCAGCAUGAUUGAAAGCCAUGCUGCAUUUGUACAAAGUGGUCUCAUGUUUUAUUUCUAUGUGGCAGUUUUGUCUGUAAAUGAAUAUGCCACAUGUGUUUAGUUUCUGAACACUUAUUGAGUCUCAGGUGAAUGUGUGAGCUACCUGCAAAGUAUAAUUACAAUGAUAAUGUUGAGCAGGAUUUAAGAUUUAUCUGUGGUGGCUGUUGGGCACACGCAAGUUGUUAUCAUUUGAAGUUGCAAUAAUUGUGUUUGAAGUUGUGACAUAGAAGCUUCCCAGAAUCAAAGACCUCCAGCCAGAUACGAUUUCAGCCAUCUUUGAUACCACCCUCUGGCAUUUAUUGUAAGGGUAUGUGAAACCUUCCACACUAUUUUUUUGCAAAAAAUUGCGUUGCCAAAAGUUAUCUUACAUGUCUGGAGCACUUUUUCUUCAAAGAUGGGCAACUUUUACAAGGGUGGUAUUUUCUGAUUUUUUUGCUCAUUUCUUAGAAUUAGUGCACAUAGUUCCACAUUUCAAAUAUAAAACUGUUCCUUGUAAGGGGAGAAUUGACUUUCUCAUCUGGUUCCUCUGUGAAAACCCCAACGAACUGUUUUCUGCUUUUGUAUUUACUGGAUCAUACAUCCACCCUGCAUCUUUGAAACAAGCUGUAGAUCUAGUUCUGGUGGGCCUAUUAUCUGGGCUAAGCAACUUUACUGUUCAGGUGACAGCUAGUUCAUUUUUAAAAUCCCAUGUUCAUAGAAAACUAGCAUGUCAGGGAGUAGACUGGGCUAGAACUCUUCUGCCUGACACCUAGAUUUCUAUCAGAAAAUUCAGUUGGAUGAGUUCCAGUCUGCAAGGUGAAGUGGUACAGGCCAAACACACGUUUACUUCUUGGUGGUGACAUUUGCCCCAACAUCAAGUUAAAAUAUCCUAGCUGCUUGGUGGGCAGGAUCUGAUGUUUCAUGUUGAAGUACCACAGCAAUACACCUAUUGAAUAAGUUAUGUGCAUUCAAAGAGAGCUGUGCUGUUGCUCCCAUUUACAAUUUCACAGUUGCAAUUCCAGGGACCUGCCACCUGAGGGCUGCCCUUAUCACUUUCCCAAGAGGAUAUAUGACCCUGGAGACAGAGCCAACUCACAGCUCACAGGUGUCUUUUUCAUUUUAUGAAGACAACGUGAAAUUAUCCUUUGAUGUCUUGCCUUGUUUUAGGUCGAAAGACCACUAGAUAGACUCUUCUGUUCUAUUGUCACGGUAGCAGAACAAAAGUACAGAUCAACUUUAUGGUAAGUCUUUUUGGAGGGUGGGUUUUUUACCCCAAAUAGGAGCUGGAGGGUCAGAGGGAACAACAUAUAACUGUUCAUUAGUUUGCAUAACCUGUAAAUAACAAGUGAUGCUGGUGUAUAGGCAUAGCGAUUUCAAAUGUUUAAAGAACUUCACAUGCAUUAGACUGGUAGCACACUAAACUACCAUUUUGCUUUGCCAGAAUGAACUGCAGCAAGCCUUGGGCUUGUUCCGUCCCCUCCGUUACAGCUGUGACGAUUUCAAAAGCUUUUGAUUAAUUACAGCUUGCUGUGCUGUCCAAACCCAGGCAGACUGUGGUUAACUGGAAUGUAGGAACCUGCUGUAUAUCAAGUCAGACCAUUAGUCGAUCUAGCUCAGUAUUGCAUACACUGACUGACAGCAACUCUCUGGGGUGUCAGUCAGGAGGAGUCUCUUCCAGCCCUUCCUUGAGAAUUCAUCAUAGGACAUGCAAGUGUCACAGCUGGGGUUGGACAGCAUGUACGUUUCUAAAUUGUUCUCUUCCUACCUUACGUUUUGUUCUUUCUUACAGGGAAAAGUCAAAGAAGUUAGCAGAACAAGCUGCAGCUAUUGCCUGUUUACGAACCCUUGGCCUCCCAGAAGGGAAAUGGAAUGAAGAAGCAAACCAUUUGGUUAACAAACGCAAGAGGCAAGACCAGGAACACUUGAACAAUGGAGAGCACGGAAAUGACCUUGUAGCCGAGGCUGCUUGCAAAAAAACUCAUUUUAUUCCAGGCACUUCUAACCCCAGUGUUUCUUAAGUGUUGCGAUGGUGUGAAAACAGCCAUUCUACAACUAUGCAGCUUGCCCCACUCACCCUCUAUUUCUUCUGGAUGCAGUCCGCUGGAACAGACAACUCUGGAUUUUGAAUUGCAAUUGCUUCUUUCUGCUCUUCCUUUGAUGCCUUUGUAGCUUGCAGUUUCAUUGAGAGAAGAAGAUUGGCUCUGCAUUGAAUUCUCUUUUCCAGUAAAUGGGGAGAAAGUUAAUGUGUGUGUUUAAAUAGUCCUGCAGUUUUCCGGUUUGAAAUGAUCUUCCUACACAGCAGUCUUCAGUCAGUUAGCCAGCUGGUUCUCUCUUUGGGAAGAGCUCAGUGACACAAAGGAGCUCAAGGGCAGUAACCCCAGUGUCACAGAUAUAUUGAAUAUAUUAUCUAUUUAAUAUCUGAUGUUUGGUUGCAGGCUGGUGAGAAUCUUAAUACAGAUUUGUAGCUAAGGAGGGAAGGUGGCUAGGGUGGAAGCAGAUCUUGCUAUACAUCUUUUCCUUACCUUUUACAGCAGCAGAAGCCAACAUGGUGGAGCUUGGAUGUUGUUGAACUACAGUUCCCAUCAGCCCCUUCCAACAUGGACAGUGGUUGUGAAUGAUGAGUUGUGGUCAUAUAUGUGGAGGGCAACACAUUGGCAACCCUUUUUACAGAAUGUAUCUUUUUGAGCUAUAUGAAAUUUUAAGCUAUAUGAAGUUCAAAAAAAGUGUACAUCUUGUUAUUUGUCUGUCUUCUGUAAGUAUCAAUUAAAAAGAUGAUCCCCUGUCUCCUAAAA